AUGGGUCAUUACCAAAAUCCCAAGAAGGAUGGGCAUUGCAUGGCUAUUGCCACCAGGAGUGGUAAGGCUCUUCCUGACCCUAUUUCUGCAGGUACUACACAUGAGCAUGUGUUAGAGAAAGCUGGAAGAGAGGAGGAUGAAGCUGAUCAAGUAGAUGACUUGGAGUAUGCUCAACCAAUAGCCAAACCAGUAGGAGCAAAAGAAAAAGAGGUUGAGGGAACCAUGCCUUUUCAACAGAUCCCAAGACCACGUCCUCCUUGCCCUCAAAGGCUUAAAAAGAAAGCCGAAGAUGGGAAAUUUGCGAAGUUCAUCACCAUGUUGCGACAAUUGUCAGUAAACAUCCCACUGGUGGAAGCACUAGAGCAAAUGCCGAGAUAUGCCAAGUUCAUGAAGGACUUGGUCACAAAGAAAAGAGCUGUAAGUAUUGAUUUAACUAACAAUAUUCAUCACUGCAGUGCUAUUGCUACCAGGUCUCUGGUCUUUGAUGAAGAAGAAAUGGGAGCAACUAUUGAAGAGAGGCUGGAUGUUGAGACCUUAGCCGCAGUGCUGAUGAAUUUUGAAGCUGAUUUUCGAUCUGACUAUGUAGAGACCGUGAAUGCUUUGCAGGGUAUGGGAGCGCAUCCUAAUGCUCCAAAGAAAUUGGACCUAGACUUGAAAAACAUGCCAAGUCCUCAAGCAAAACCAUCUAUUGAGGAGCCACUGUUACUGGAACUGAAACAGUUACCCACUCACCUGAGAUAUCUAUUUUUAGGAGCUAACAACACUUUACCUGUACAAAAGGGCCAUUGGGUGGACCUUGCUGAUAUCAUUGGGAUACCUCCAGGUAUAUGCACCCAUAAAAUUCAACUUGAGGAGGACUGCAGCCCAAGCAUUGAACACCAGUGGAUGCUAAACCUACCUAUGCAAGAGGUGGUAAAAAAGGAGAUCAUCAAGUGGUUAGACGCUGGGGUGGUGUACCCUAUUUUUGACCAUCACUGGGUCAAUCAAGUGCAAUGUGUGCCCAAAAAAGGCGGUAUGAUUGUGGUUGCAAAUGAGAAGAAUGAGUUGGUCCCGCAGAGGCCAGUUACCGGAUGGCGAGUGUGCAUGGAUUACAAGAAGCUGAACAAGUGGACCUUGAAGGAUCAUUUACCGAUGCCUUUCAUGUACCAGAUGCUUGACAGGUUGGCUGGCAAAGUGUGGUACUGCUUUUUAGAUGGAUACUUUGGCUACAAACAUAUAUCAAUUGCUCCUGAAGAUCAGGAAAAGACAACCUUUACAUUUCCUUAUGGGCCUACAGAGAUGCGAGGAGGCCAACCUAGUGUUGAACUGGGAGAGGUGUCAUUUCAUGGUCAAGAAAGGCAUAGUCCUUGGCAUAAGGUUUCACAAAAGGGGAUAGAGGUUGACAAGGCCAAAAUUAAGGUGAUUGAAAAGUUUCCUCCACCUAUUUGUGUGAAGGAUGUUCAGAGUUUCUUAGGACAUGCCGGAUUUUAUAGGCAUUUCAUCAAGGACUUCUCCAAAAUUGCACACCCUAUGUGCAAGCUUUUGGAGAAGGAGGUGAAAUUCAUUUUUGAUGAGGCAUGUCUUAGAGCGUUUGAAUGCCUGAAGGAGAAGUUGAUUUGUGCACCAGUAAUCAUUGGCCCUGAUUGGGCUGAGCCGUUUGAGGAACUACUGGCUGUGAUGUAUGCUUUUGAGAAGUUCAGAGCUUACUUGCUGGGCACUAGAGUUAUAGUCCAUACAGAUCAUGCAACUCUAAGGUAUCUCAUGGCAAAUAAAGAUGCCAAACCAAGGUUAAUCAAAUGGGUAUUACUUCUUCAGGAGUUUGAUUUCGAGGUCAAAGAUAGGAAAGGUUGUGAGAACCAGGUGGCUGAUCACCUGUCUAGGUUAGAGGCUGAAAAGAAAGAGGAGUGUGAACUAGAAAUCAAUGAUGCAUUCCCGGAUGAGCAGGUAUUGGCUGCAACUCUUGAUCUUAUCCCUUGGUUUGCUAAUUUGCUAACUUUCUUGUUAGUGAUUUGA